GAAUUUCACUUUGACCUCUUUCUGUCCCAAACCGACCUUUUCGGUCUGGUGUAUGAGAUAGAGGUACAGCCAUGAAGACUAUCCUGGCAACAAGGUUCGUUGAAGUCCCUGAAAAUGUGACUGUGGCCAUCAAAGCAAGGACUGUCACGGUGACGGGACCAAGAGGAACGUUGGUUCGCAACUUCCGACACAUGAGAGUGGAGUUGACUGUUGUAGGCAAGAAGAUCAGAGUUGACAAAUGGUUUGGUACCAAGAAGGAGUUGGCCAGUGUUCGUACCAUCUGCACCCAUAUUGAAAACAUGAUCAAAGGUGUAACACUGGGGUACAAAUACAAAAUGAGGUCAGUAUAUGCUCAUUUUCCCAUCAACUGUAACAUCCAAGAGAACGGCUCUCUAAUUGAGAUCAGAAACUUCCUCGGAGAGAAAUUCAUCCGUCGUGUUCACAUGAAAGAAGGCGUCGUUGUAUCUCAGUCUCAAAAGAUGAAGGACGAGUUAAUUGUUGAGGGAAAUGACAUCGAAAAAGUUUCUCAAUGUGCCGCUUCAAUUCAACAGUCGACAACUGUGAAGAACAAAGACAUUCGUAAAUUCUUGGAUGGUAUUUACGUAUCGGAGAAAACAACAAUUGUUAGCCCAGAGGAACAAUAAAGAAAGAAUUCUUAAGCCUGUUGCCAUCAAUUCUCUGUUUAAUCAACACACAGCCUACACAAAUGUCUGUAGAAUAUAAACAAAUAAAUAAAGUCACAUUGUAAAAUUGAAAA